UGCGUGAAAUGGUGACGGGGUUGCGGUGCGCGCAGGGAUGGAAGCGUGCUGACGGGUCUGCUGCCACCGGAGGGACUCCAGACCGGGGACGUGUGAGAAUGACAACAUUAAUGUCUGCCCUCCGUGCAGAGGAGACAAACAGUCAAGUUGAGCUGUAGCGCCUCCACCGAGCCGUGCCAAUGCUGGAAUGGCUUGUUGCUUCUUGUAUUCUUGUGAUCUUGGUGGUCCUGGUAUGGCCACGCGCCAGAUGUUUUGGUACCGAGUGUCAGCCGGAGGUUCUGCUUCCCAGAGCCGGUUUGUCCCAGCGGGCUGAGGGGGACGGGACCGGGGGGGAGGACAGGAAAGCACACGCUGCGCUCAUCUGCAAACCGUCCGCGCUGGCCAAGUACCUCCAGAAACACUGCAGGACUUUCUCCAACUACUCGCCCUGCGUGGGCUGGACGUGGCGAGCCAGCGCCGUGCUCCAGACUGUGCACGAGGCGUGCUGGCCCCACGAAAGCGCGCUCCAGUUCGUGCGAGACAACCUGCAGCUGAGCGACGACGGGCUGGUGUCUCUGGACUGGGCAGUGCCGUCCUACCACCGGAGACGCAGGACCUCCAGUCACUCCACCAGUCCCGUGCUGCUCAUCGUGCCCAACUCCUUCGGGAAGAUCACGAGGAAUGUCUUGAAGCUGUGUGAAACAGCACUGACCCAUGGCUACCUUCCAGCAGUCUUCAACCGCCGCAGCCACAAUGGUACGCCGCUCACCACCCUCAAACUGCAGCAGUUUGGCGACCCUUCAGACCUUCGUGAGGCCGUGCGCUACAUUCGCUACCGCCAGCCAGCAGGGAGGUUGUACGCAGUGAGCGAGAGCUCCGGCUCAGGUCUCCUCCUGUCUUACCUGGGGGAGUGUGGAUCAUCGAGCUAUGUGACGGCGGCUGCUUGUCUGUCGCCUGUGUUCCGCUGCCAGAGCUGGUUUGAGAACGGGCUCUGUCGACCCCUGCAGUGGGUGUUGACUUUGUACCAGAAGAUAAGUCUCAGCAGGUACAGGACAGCACUGGGGGAGAUUGUGCAUAUGGACGCUCUGUUUUCCAGCUGUUCCUUGCGGGGUGUGGAGGAGGUGCUGUUCUGUCAGUCUGGACAUGUUGGCUCCACCACAGCAGCUUCAGCAGGGCCCAGCAGCAGCAUUAGUACCUCGGUUGGCUGGGAUUCCUACUGGGAACGCAAUGAAGCAUUAAGAGACGUGGAUGAAGUGGCGAUUCCCGUUCUGAGCAUAUGUGCUGAGGAUGAUCCCGUCCGAGGAGAUCCCCAGUCCACCAUACCCUUGGAGCUUUUUGAGACAAACCCACACUUUUUCCUCCUUCUAACUGACCACGGAGGUCACUGUGGGUUCUCCACCCAGUCUGUGAGGAGAUCUGCUUCUGUGGCAGCACCAAACAGGGCGGCAGAGGGUGAUGACACUAACUGGAGCCACAAAGUGGUGCUGGAAUUUUUCAGGGCCACCACAGACUUCUUCAUGGCAGAGGAGAGAGUGAAACAGCUUGCCACUCGGAGGAGGGGGCUCGGAGGAAGCCUAGGUGGAAAGACUUUCCGUCACCGGAGUGUCAGCACUUGUAAACGAGUCCCAGAAUGUUCCCAUAAUAUUCAUGCCAUUUACAAUUGGCAGAGGUCUUACACACGAUGAGCACAGACAGCUUAAUGCAAGUUUGCAGUAUU